CAGAAGACUCAGACAGGACUAAGACACAUUGAAGAAAGAAAGGACAACAAAGAAAAGGCAACCAUGGGCAAGAAAGUGGCCAUCAUCGGAGCUGGCAUCAGUGGCCUGGCUUCCAUCAGGAGCUGUCUGGAGGAGGGGUUGGAGCCCAUCUGCUUUGAGAGGAGCAAUCACAUAGGGGGCCUGUGGAAAUUCUCAGACCAUGCAGAGGAGGGCAGGGCUAGCAUUUACCAAUCAGUCUUUACCAACUCCUCCAAAGAGAUGAUGUGCUUUCCAGACUUCCCAUAUCCCGAAGACUUUCCCAACUUUAUGCACAACAGUAAGCUCCAGGAGUACAUCAUUGCCUUCGCCAGAGACAAGAACCUUCUGAAAUACAUACAAUUUGAGACACUUGUAUCCAGUAUAAAUAAACGUCCUGAUUUCUCAGUUACUGGCCAAUGGGAUAUUACCACUGAAAAGAAUGGUAAAAAAGAAUCGGUUGUCUUUGAUGCUGUAAUGGUUUGUUCUGGGCAUCAUGUAUACCCCAAUCUACCAAAAGAGUCCUUUCCAGGACUAAAACAUUUCAAAGGCCAAUGCAUCCACAGCAGAGACUAUAAGGAACCAGGAACAUGGAAGGGGAAGCGAGUCCUCGUGGUAGGCCUGGGGAACUCAGGCUGCGACAUAGCCACAGAACUCAGCCACACAGCUGAACAGGUAAUCAUCAGCUCCCGAAGUGGAUCUUGGGUGAUGAGCCGGGUCUGGGAUAAUGGCUUUCCUUGGGACAUGAUGUUUAUCACUCGAUUUCAAACGUUCCUCAAGAACAACUUACCGACAGCCAUCUCUAACUGGUGGUACAUAAGGCAGAUGAAUGCAAGAUUCAAGCACGAGAACUAUGGCUUGAUGCCUUUAAAUGGAACACUGAGGAAAGAACCUGUGUUCAAUGACGAUCUCCCAGCUCGCAUCCUGUGUGGCACUGUGUCCAUCAAGCCAAAUGUGAAGGAGUUCAGAGAGACCUCAGCUGUAUUUGAGGAUGGGACAGUGUUUGAGGCCCUCGACUGUGUCAUCUUUGCAACAGGCUAUGACAAUGCCUACCCCUUCCUUGAUGACUCCAUCAUCAAAAGCAGAAAUAAUGAGGUCACCUUGUUUAAAGGCAUCUUCCCUCCUCAACUAGAGAAGCCAACGCUGGCAGUGAUUGGCCUUGUCCAGUCUCUUGGGGCUGCCAUCCCCACGACUGACCUUCAAGCCCGCUGGGCAGCACAAGUAAUAAAGGGAACUUGUACUUUGCCUCCUGUGAAAGCCAUGCUGGAUGAUAUUGAUGAGAAAAUGGGGAAAAAACUUAAAUGGUUUGGUAAAAGCGAGACUAUACAGACAGACUACAUUGUCUACAUGGAUGAAGUGGCCGCCUUUAUCGGGGCAAAGCCCAACAUUCCAUGGCUGUUUCUCACAGAUCCCAAGUUGGCCAUCGAAGUUUUCUUUGGCCCUUGCAGCCCCUACCAGUUUCGGCUGUCAGGCCCAGGGAAGUGGUCAGGAGCCAGACAUGCCAUCCUGACCCAGUGGGACCGGACAUUGAAACCUCUGAAGACACGAGUUGUUGGAGGUGUCUGGAAGCCUUCUUUAUCUUCACAUUUGCUCAAGCUCCUUGCUCUUCUUAUUCUGUUAAUUGCUCUUUUCCUUGUGUUGUUCUAAUUGUUAUUCCCUCUGGAAUUUCUGAAAGUUAUUGACAAUACCCAGGUAGGAACUUUGCUAUUUAAAAAUUAAGAUUUUCACACCUCCUACUUUCCUCAUUGGGAUCAUUUGCCAGUACUCUGUGUGCACAUUUAUAAGAGAAGUAGUGUUCUUUCAAGGGUUUGAAAUAAAUGCUUUAAGUCAUGUGUGGUCUAAGCAGAGCAUCAAUCAUUUCUCUUUAGUUCCUCUGGCACUUCAUAAUCAGAAUUAUGUUCUUUACGUCUAACCUCAAUCAUCUCCUGAAACAUUUGGACAUGCUUCCUUUUCUCCUCUAAUCAAUGUUUGAAAUAUGCACUUCAAAUCUAAAGAAAGACUGAGUUAAGCAGAACAUUCAGAAUUUGAUAUUCUUAGGCUACUUCUACAAACCACUUGUGGGGCUAAGGGGAGAGUUUAGCUAUUAUAUUACAUUUUUGUUUUAUGCAACAGGCUACAAGCAAUAAAUACUUCCUGUUCCCUGGCCAAGAAACACAGCACAGAGACCUAGUCAAUACUGAAAGUUAACACAAAGUAACACAUUUUACUGCUGUUCUCAACAAGGAAACAAACUCUUCAACAUCUAGCAGCAAAAUGAUAACAACAAUAACAAUGAGAAGAGUACAAAGUACAACUUUUAGUUG